AACGCAAUGUAUAAUAAGUUGUGGCAUCAGACCCAAGAAGCCCUCAAUUCUUUGCUUGAUACAGAGUCUCAGAAGAUGGUAGAACCACAAAGAAAUCAAGUUUUAAUCUUCCAAAUGUUAGCCACCUUCUACAUAAAAUAUGUGCAGAUCUUUAGAAACCUGGAGAUGGUCUAUGACCAGAUAGUCCAUCCACAGAAACGAAUACUGAUCCGCAAAAUCCUGGAUGGAGUGAUGGGUCGCAUCCUGGAACUGAAGAAUGAGAUGGUUGAAUUGGAAUUAACUGAGUUUCAUUAUUUCGAUGAUAUCUUACAGGAUCUAAAGUUGGCUCCUCAACAACUAGAUAUUCCCAUACCCAAGUAUUUUUUGAGGGAGAAGUUGGAAGUAAUAAAAGAGAGAGAGAAAAUUCUCGCACAAAUAUUAGCUGACACUGGAUUAUACACAGCUGAUGUGAAAUACUAUAUAAAGGCUAUUCCCCUUGAGGAGGCUGUUAAAUUAAUCCAGAUUGCUGAGAGGGCCCGACAAGGUCGCCUAAGAGCAUUAUUCAUGAAGCAAAUCUAUCUCCAGGAAUACAGAGCAAAGCAAGCCAAGCUACUCAGUGAGAGAAUGGCAGAUACCGGGGCUGCUGCACUCCGUAUUCAGAAGGUUUGGCGAGGUUUCCAUCAAUGUAGGGAAACUGAAAAACUGAGAGAAGAGGAGAUGAUAUUCUUGGGUAUG